CGCGACAGUUCUCGGUUCUUAGAUAUCCUCGCCAGUGUGUCAGCUGACAACUGAUAAUAUAUGUAUAUCUCUCGAUCGACCAAGUUCCAAAUCCGAUUCAGAUUCGACAAUGGACCCGUUGACGUUAAGCCUGACUCUUGUGCUUGGCUUUCUCCUCAUCUAUUACUACCUGUGGAAAUCCAUGACUCGUUUCAAAGAGCUCAAUGUCCCGCACAAGACACCGAUUCCGAUCAUAGGAAAUAUGGCGCCGACGGUGUUCCGUAAAGCUUCCAUGCACGAGUGCUUGGAAGACCUAUACCAUCGUUUCCCAAACGUCAAGUACUUCGGUGUGUAUCACUUCGUGACACCGGUGAUAGUGAUCAAGGAUCCGGAGCUGAUCAGCUCCAUUGCCGUGAAGAAUUUCGACAAUUUCACCGAUCACGUGACCAUCAUGGACGAGAAGAUAGACCCUUUGUCGGGCAAGGGUCUGUUCUUCCUUCGCGGCGACGCUUGGAGGGAAAUGAGAAGAAUACUCAGCCCCAGUUUCACCGCCAGCAAACUGAAGACCAUGUUCCACCUGAUCACCGACUGCGCCGACAAGUUCACGCGAUUCGUCGCGGACGAGGCGAAACAGGGACGAACGUACGAGAUGAAGAACAUUUUCGGCCGAUACACCAACGACACGGUGGCUAGCUGUAAUUUCGGUUUCGUGACGGAUUCGAUGAGAGAUCCGAAAAACGAGUUCUACUCGUUCGCGAAGAAAACGAUCGAUUUCAUGUCCUCGGUGUCGCUGAGGCUCAUCGUGGGCAACAAUUUCCCAUUGCUGUUCAAACUGCUACGGACUCAAAUGUUUAGCGAGAGCGCGCGUCAAUAUUUCACAAGCGUCGUCGACAACGUGGUUAAAGCGAGGAAGGAAAAGGGGAUUCACCGACCAGACGUGAUGCAGAUGAUGAUGGAGUACAAGGAUGCGGAUGGAAAUUGUCUAACGAUCGAGGAGAUGACCUCCCAGGCCUUUGUUUUCUACGCUGCUAGCUACGACACGAUAUCCACCAUACUCAGUUUCGCCGCGCAUGAAAUUGCCAUGCAUCCGGAAGUACAGGCGAAACUGCACCGAGAGAUCGAAGAGGUGGUUGCAAAGACCGGUGGGAAGCCCACCUACGAGGUUCUAAAAAAUAUGCAGUACUUGAACGCGGUGAUCAACGAGACUCUCAGACUGUACGCUGUGAUCCCGUUUUUGGAUCGGGUGUGCGUGAAAGAGUUUCAACUUCCUCCGGCAACACCUGGAGGGCAACCAGUCACCGUGAAGCCAGGGGACAUCGUCUGGUUCCUCUCGUUUGCGCUUCAACGCGAUACAGAAUAUUUCUCAGACCCGUUGAAAUUCGAUACUGAUCGAGGUUUGUCGCCCAUCGAGUCUUCUCAGGCGACUUACAUGCCGUUUGGACUUGGUCCUAGACUCUGUAUCGGCAACAGGUUUGCUUUACUGAUAUGCAGAGUGAUGUUGUUCUACUUGCUGUGGCGGUGCGAGCUGGAAACCUGCGAGAAGACUUCAAUCCCAAUGAAAUUCAGUGGCAAAAGCUUCGUGCUGAUGGCGAAGGAGGGAUUGUGGCUGAAGCUACGGACUAGGGAGACGAAGACGAGCCGCGAAAACAACGAGACGGCAAACAGAAUUAAUUAAGCGCGAGAAUAUCACUGCGGGUCCAAAGGUCCAGCAAGGAUUUUCGAGAAUGCGUUUUUUUUUUUUUUAUGUUUGAUAGAACUAGUUUAGUAGUCUUUGAAGAAGUAAAAAUGAAAAAUUUUAUAAUUAUUUUUAUAAUAGAAAUAAAUUCUUUCGUUUAUAAUCUCCAAAUUCUUCUCAUUUUUUACAAUAAGACGACUGUGUGACGAAGUUCAAUGAACGAUAAAAGCUUCGUAUCGAUGCUUUUAGCGAAAGAGGGAUGAUGGCUGAAGUUUCGAGCUAAGUUCUUCAAAGGUAAAUCAUAAAAGUGACCAGAAAACGGAGUCAAUAUUGAUUCUUUCGUUUAUAAUUUCUAAAUUCUUCUCGUUUUCGUAAUAACAAAGUGCAGAGACCUGUUAAACUCCAGUGAAACUUAAUGGUAAAAAGAGAUAUGGAAAUUCCGAGCUAAGGAUAUCUUAUCUUUCAAAGAUAAAUCACGGAGACAAUCAGACAACAAACAGAAUCAAUUAGACGUGAUAAUACUGGCAAAACAAAACCGAGAGAAACUUUUCGAGAUUGCCCGAGCGUUUCCUGAUGCAUAUCUCUUUGAAGGUGAGUGUGUUAUUUUUUUUUUUUUUUGUGCACAUGGUAACACAGAAGGACAGAAGAAAUUGAAGGCGAGGAUGAAAUUCCCUACUGACGAACGUUUGCAUGCAAAGUCAUUACUUCGUAACAUCGUUGCGUGUGUAACUUUAAACUAGUUUCAUUACGUCUAUCGUGACAGAGCUCGCUAAAAGCGA